AUGGCAAGAAGGAAAAGAGAAGAAACUGAUCAACCAAAAAAGAAGACAAAAUAUGAACCUUUAUUAGCGGAGAAUGAUAAUAAGUUUUCAGGUGAUGUUUGUUAUGAGAUUAUGAAAUAUUUGGAAACUCAAGAUUUGUUUUUUUCAUGCUUGAGAAUUAAUCGUACGUGGUUCAAUGUUGUGUUUGAAAGAUUUGAUAAUUUUAAAUUCUCCGCUCACAACUAUGAAAGUGCCACAGUUUUAUUGAGAAUGAUUAGAAGAAAUAAUUAUAGUAAAGUUUAUUAUUCAACUUUGAAAGAAUCGAUUGAUACUAGAAGAGAGACACCUACCUUGCUGGCAGAAAAGAUCACAGAAUUAGAUUUAUCAUAUUCUAAAUUGGAUAGUAGGAGAGUUAAUACAUUAUAUGAUGUUCUUGAUAUUACUAAGAAUUUAACAAUCAUUAGAAUUGAAGGUAAUCAUUUUGAUAAAAAUGCAAUGGAUAAAGUGCUUAGAAUGAUAUUUCCUCCAAAAACAAAAUUGUCUUUAGAGAAGGAAAGAGCUAAGGGUAGAGAUUUCAAGUGGGUUAUUAAAUCAUUGGAUUGCAAUAGAGAAGUACACUUUUCAGGAAGUUUCUAUAAUUCAUACCAGUUGAAUCUUUAA